CUCGCGCGUACUCAGGUUGCACAAGAUGUGCGACUACGGUGAAAGCGCACACACUGGACCGCGGUGACUGCAUGCUUUUAUGCUGUGCACAACCAGGCUGUGCUUAAAUGCCAGAUCUGCAUAAACACAACAUAGCUACUGCGUGUGUGUGUGUACAUACAUGUAUGUUUGUUUUUUUAUUUUAGAUCAUGCACACACGCGGGUUUAGAUUGGCUGUGUGAGCGCGCAUGGCAUCGGAGCGGAAUGAUCACAAGAGCAUCAGUGAAAAUAAUGAGCGUACAGCGGACCUAGGUUACCAGUAACGCAGAAAAAGACCACACAGAAAAUAAAGAAAAAGGAUGAGGAUCCCAUCGUCAUGCUCAGUGCGUGGAUGCGUGCAUGUUGGAUUAAACUCAUGGUGUGAUGACUGUGGCCUGGAGUGUAUGUGUGGAUUUGAAGUGCACUUUUGCAUGAAGCUCUGCCUAGCCCCAGAUGCCUCCCCUUCCUCUUGACGAGCGCAUAGUGGUAAUUCAGCGGCCUAAAAGCCUGGGCUUGUGUGUGGCCUCUCCACCAGGCACCUCUCAGUCUUCCUCACGUCUUACCACGCGCAACGAGCCCCCACCCCGCUUACCACACACCCAACCUCCUCCAUCCCGUCCCCAUCUACCCUCUAAUUCUUUGUCUCUGGAAUGCAGGCACAGGCACUUACCCCAUGGGCAAAGAGCCAAGGGCGAGAGAGGCGGCACAGAGGACAGCAACCGGAUCCCUAGUCACUGUCACAGCAAUGGGACUGUGACACUGGGUCCCAGACCUUACACGCAGACUCAUACAAUUGACAUUAAAGUAUCAGUAGACAAAGGAGGGCCACAUUUAGACAAAAGGUGCAGUAGCAGCUUAACUCGGUGCGGUGAAAGCAGCAGAGAAAGCAGAGCCCAGAGGGUGUCUUCACACUUAGCUCCAGGGCAAAGUGACAGGAAAUUUAGAGGAAAGACUUCAGACACCACUGAGAGGCACCAGAUUAAGGCACAAUAUAAUAACCUCUAUCAGAACAACCUCACAGUGUCACCCGGUGGGGUGUUGGAAUUUGUUCCGGCCCAAAGGCAACAAUCUAAGCCUAGGUGGACAAAGGAGGAAGAGUUGUUAUCAAAUCCACGUUUUACAACUGCCAACUACAGGGACGUGUCUUCUGUUGGUAACAAAGAAAACUCAAAACUGGGAGCUGUCCAUCAGCCUCCCAAGCCCCAGAGCCUAUCCCAUCACCUUAGCUCUAUCCCAUCAGCCCAUGCCUCCAUCCUAAACACUCACUAUCAGGUGACCCCAAACUCUGUCCCCUUUUGGGCCCCAUCUUCCUUUCCACAAAUCGGUCAAACCCGGACGUCACGUAUCAGAGAAACACAUCCCCAGAUCCUCCACAGCUUGCCUCUGUCUCCAACUUCCUCUUGUGAUGGCUUCCCUAGCCCAGAUCACACUUGCACUAUAGACUUUUCUCGUCCAUUCAACUGUGACUGUUGGAGACUGGUGUGCUGUAAAGGAAGGAGAACUCCCUCAGCUGCCUGCAAAGGGGGUACUGGAAGCCCAUCUUCUUCAUUCUCCAAAGGCCAAAGAGCAAGUUCAAACAACGUAGGUGACGGUGCCAUGGGAUUAAAGAAGUUAGGAGGGUGUCUGUCCACAGCUUCAACCACAAACACCUCUUCAUCCAACAGCACUGUCUCAGAAUGCCAGACAGGGCUUCUUAGGCCCCUAGGCUGUGCAUCCUGUUCAGGGGAAGGUGGAGCUUUUGAGAGUCCUGCUGCCUUUCGCAAGAAACUGGUUGGUGGUUGUCUGCCCUGUGCCCCUUUCUCCCCAUCCGCUCCUUUGCGUGCUCUGCAAAGCUGCGUCAGUGGCUGCAAUCCCAAAGCAAGCCAGGCUGGUAGCUCUACUUGUAGUUACUGCAGUAGUGAUCCCAUAGUAGUGACUUUUAACCCUCACAGAGGCAAGCCUCCUGGCUUUCCCCACAAUGCUGGGGUGCAAACCAUAAGAGGGCACCAACACGAUGACGACGAUUACAGCGUGCGCACAAUUUGGCCUGAUGAACUUGCAAAAAAAAUGACUCACUCUAAAACCCAACCGAACCAUCAGGGUGUAGGGAUGAGAAUGGGAACAGGAAGCGCUUACAUGGGGCGUGACCAGAGUAACGGAACCAGUCCAGUCAUUCUGGAUUGCCGUAAUCUUCUAGAAUUUACACGCUCCCAAUUGACUGACCAUGCAGGACGACGAAGACUCCAGCAAGGCAAGAUGGCAGUUUUAGACUUCAUGGGGUCAAGAGAUCCAGGUCAGGACUCCCUGAAAAGGCUCUUUAACAAGGAAGGUGAUGCUGGAAUGGGAAAUGAUGAUGGUCUAGAUGAUAUGUUUAUAAGCUCCCCUUCUCAUCGCUCUCUCACUCCUGAGUCUUUAUCCUCCUUCUCCCCUCCACCAUCAGCCCCUGGCACCCUGAUUAAGCCCAAAACAAGGGGAAGGGAUUGGGAGGGUGGGCACUCCUUACCAUCUGCUCAGUCACUCCAUUUGGUCCUUAACUCAUUCAAUAGAGAGCAAGAAGAGGAAAACAGAAGAGUGCACCUCUCCCUUCCGCUCUCAUCCUCCCUCCCUGCGUCCCUGUCGGAUGAGAGUGUAAUGACUCCAGAUGUGGAGAACGCGGUGAUCAGCCCUAUUCUACCUUUCCUUUUCCUGGGGAAUGAGAGAGAUGCUCAGGACCUGGACCUGCUGCUGCGACUGAACAUCAGUUAUGUGGUCAAUGUUACCACCCACCUGCCCCUCUAUCACUUGGAAACGGGUUUGGUACGCUACAAGCGUCUACCUGCUACUGACAACAGCAAGCAGAAUCUCAGACAAUAUUUUGAAGAAGGCUUUGAGUUUAUAGAGGAGGCUCACCAGAGUGGCCGAGGCGUGUUGAUUCACUGCCAAGCAGGCGUGUCUCGCUCCGCGACUAUCGUCAUUGCUUAUUUGAUGAAGCACACCCUCAUGACCAUGACCGACGCUUAUAAAUACGUCAGGAGUCGCAGACCGGUCGUAUCCCCCAACCUUAACUUCAUGGGCCAGCUGUUGGAAUUCGAGCGAGAUCUCAACUCUGGUGUGACGCCUCGAAUCCUAACUCCUAAGCUGAGUGGCCUGGAAACACAAGUCUGAGUCUUUAAAAAAGAGAUGGAAUCAAAAUAAACAUGGUAGACAAAGAAAGCAUGGAUUUCCAUCAUGCUUAUUGUGGACAUAUGAGUACAAUUAGUCUGGGUGAAAAAAAUACAGUAGAGUGUGCUAAGGAAAUAUUUACAAAUGAUGUACUUCCGCUCUUUUGAGUAUUCCUAUUGCGUAAUUAUAGCACUUAAACAGAAGUAGGCAAAUGGGUGUUUGUAUAAUCAACCUCACAGUGAUACUGUGCUCAUAAUAACGUGCCAAGUUUUAUAAUGUGAAAUACUACAUAGUAAUACAUUAUAACUAUUAUUGUAUUCUACGUAUUAUCAACCUGCCCUCGUUGAUGUAUCCGAUGUAUAAAAGAGUGAAGGCAGGAAGAAAAUGCAAAGCAAGGGCAAAAAGAAAAAAAAAAAAGUACUGUCAAGCACAGAAAAAGACACAAAGUGAUGAAUUUCUCAGACCUGAAAACUGUAGCAAAUUUCUCACACCUUCUCCACUGUGCACAGAACUUUUCUAGGCAUAUUAUCAAGUAGAGAGUUCAAUGCACUUAUUUUCUUAUCUCAGUUGACGCCACGUUAGCUGCUGACAAAUACUACAGCACACGCAAAGGUUUCUUUUGCAUUAUUGUCAUUUCAGUCAUCCACCACUUGGGUUAUGACAUUCGUGGUUUACAUUCGUGGUUUUUUAAAACCCUCUGUGUGGGAAAUGUGCAAUAGAGGCGCAUAGACAGUGGAGGAGACGUUGAAUUGAAUUAUUCCAGCUUGGAUACUUUCAUACACGGAAUUUAAGAUACUCAACGCAAGUGUGAAAAGCACCAUUUUUUCACACUCUCAUACGCAGAAACAAAAUAGUCAGACAGUGAGAGAGAGAGAGAGAGAGAGAGAGAGUCACAAUACUGUGCUUUUAAUACAUAGCGAACUAAAAAAUACACAAAUGGAUUCUGUUAGAUUUUUCUUUUCUAAUUGAAUUCAUGAACUGUUAUCUAUUUUUUAAAACUCUGCAGGCAUGGGUGUGAGUAUAGAUUUUAUUUUUCUAAGCACUUUGUAUAUAGUUGUUUUAUUGUGUUAACGGUACUAAAUCGGAUGGUGUGAUAUGAGCAAAACUAGAAGGAAAUGAUCCGAAAAAAGUGUUAAUUUAAUAAUUGUGAUUAUAUAUUAAGGUUGUACUGAAAGUUAUUCAAAGUUGUGCAGAACUUUUUUAUAAACUGACAUACUGUAGGUGGUUCAAAUUCCACAUUUUGCCUCGGUACGAAGGUGCUCAUCUCCAUGCAAUGCAUUGAUGCAUUUGCACCAUUUUUAAAGACGUUUCUAGAAUUGGAUUGAACGAUCAUGCAAAUGCAUGUCCCGAGAUGGAGUACGUAUGUUUAAGGAAGACUUACUCUACCAACAUGUGCAGUUUAAACAACCUAUCUCAGUUAAUAAAGAGUUAUGCCCACUGUUGCAUUACUUCCGGUACAGCCCUUUGAAUUUCGCCAAUGCUGAAUGCUGCUUGUCAAUUUGAGUCUAAAUACCCAUCACUUCCUUAAAUUAGAUUCAUUUGAUUUUAAGUUGUUUUUCUCUAUUCUAUCGAUAACAUUUCAGAUUCAGCUUUCAGAUUAAGUCAAGCUCAAAAUUCUCAUUGACAGUAGAUUUUUACCUAAUGCUGAAUGAACAUGAAUGGUAUUAGAUUCUUAGAUCCCAGGAACAACGUUGUGAACUCUAUAGACGUGAUGAACGUCAUUCAGUGCAUUCAGUGCAUUUAGGUCAUCUGACUUCUUUUGUUGCCACAUAACUUUACCAAGUCUAGACCUGACCAAAUGAAGCAACCCAAGAUCAUAACAAUCUGUACUCACUAUUGAACAUAGCUCUGUUUUUUACUGUUGAUUUUUUUUCACCUUGCAACUUCACCAAGUGUUUAAGUGAUCUCCAUUUAUGACUUUAUUCUGACUGUAUUUAAUUCACAAAGUUGACUGUUCGGCACUAUCCUUCCAGAUUUUGAUAAUGUGUUGAAAGGUUCUUAACCCAGUUUCAUGCAUUUCAAAUCUCCUUAGUUGUUUUCUUUGCUUGAUGCAGCUGAAUAAUUUGACCCUUCUGAAAUGGCGACUAUUUUGGGGGCCAGGCAGCGUAGUUAAUACAGUCUUAUUAACGUUUUUUUUUUUAAAAAAGCACAUUUUAAAAGGCAUUAUAGUAAUUAUGUGUGCUUAAUCCAGUCCUAAUCCUCAUUCGUUUCUGAUGCUGUUCAUUUUCAUAGCAUUCAUUUGACUAGAACAGGAAAGCAGGCAAACCAUCUGCCUUUGAAGAUCAGCUAUGAAAAAUGUCCGCCAGUUCAAUUCUUCCUUUCUUACACUUAUGGUCCAUUGUUUACAUUCUCUUUUCAGUUGAUAGACUUUUAACAGUGCUCUUAUGAUACUAUGCACCAUUCCAACUUUUUCGAAUAUGGAAGUGUAAUCUGUGAAAAAGACCAGGCUUUGUUCAGUUCACUGUGAUAAGCUUUCUUCUUCCUGAAUAUUGCCCAGUUUUCAGCCUUAGUCCUUGAAGUCUCCCUUCAUCUGUCUCGGCGCGUUGGGGUGGGGGGAUUUUGUUUUGCGGUCUUCGAGCUUUUAUCUGUCUGGCUGAAGCAAUGCGCUUUCACCCUGCACUGUCGUGUCACAAAUAAGCCACCCUCCCCAGAGAUUUCCACUUUGCAUUCCAGUGCAAAUCAGCUGGGUCAAGAUGUGGAGCCGGUAAAUAUACGAGCAAAAAACAAUGUAAGCUGCGUGUGUAUAUGUAAGUAUGUAUGUAAGUACGGAUUUGUCUAUGUAUGUAUGUAUGUAUGUAUGUAUGUACAGUAUGCCUCAAAACGUUUGAUUCUCACAAGCUAUCUGAAAUGAAAGCUGUUUUGUUUAAAGACUUAAAGCUUGUUCAUUUGGUAAAGCCGGACAAAUUUCUGUUCAGAAAGGAGAUUUGUGAUGCUUACUGAAUGUUUUUGAGUGAGUUCAAAGUGCUCUGUGAGAUCAGACCAAUCUCAGUCUAGACACAGAUGCUGCUGAUAAACUCAGAUCUUGAGGACAACACAUUUAAACUUGAAUAUUUCUACUUUCCAAGACAUCUGUAUUGAUACUAUUUCUUUUGACAUAUUCCUUUUACCACUAAUUCUAUUUUAUUGUUGUACAGUAUAAAAUUCUGCUUUGAUCAUUGUUUUUUUUUUUUAAAUACAGUUGUAAAUGACAACUGCAAGUGGUUCCUCUCUGCUUUUGUUAAUUUAUAUUCUAUUACAUAAUUACAUAAUUAUAUGUUCUUCU